ACUGCGUCCCUGCUCAGUGCGGUCCCAGUCUGCCCUGGAGGAGUGUGUGCACUCAGUUCCUGACCCGCAGCACCUGAAAACUGUGCUGCUGUACCACACGACACUGGGACAUUACGAUUUGUGUGAUGAAACUCAGACCAUACCUUCUUCCUUUGGGAAUUGCAUCCUCUCUUCUUUGUCCCUCCCUCAGCUGGAGAAGGUUGUGAUUGAUGCCGACCAAAUUACAUUUACAGCCUCCGUCGGAGCAGCUGCAGGGCUGUGUGACGGUCCAGGUGGAGGGGGAAACUGUCACCCUGUUGGACUACAUACAGAUCGAACAGCCGUCGGGUUUGGUCGAGCCUGAAGACGAAGAAGAAGAAGAACAUGAAGUGAAUGAGGAGGAAACGGAUGAGGAUGUGAGUGACGCUCUGAAGCCAGCAGCUUUCCGACCACUAAAACAAAGCAAAAGGCUCCAAGUGAAGAGAAAAGCUAAAAAAGACAAAGACUCCACGUCGGCUAAGAGGCAACGAAAGAAGUACCCCAAUAAUAAGACGUGUCCCGUGUGCAAUAAGAUCUUCCUGCGGGCCGCAGCCAUGAGACGCCACCAGGAGACUCACUCUGCCAACCGGGAAUUCAAGUACAAGUGCGCCAACUGUGACAAACGUUUCCGGGACCAUUACGACAUGAACCGGCACAACAUGCGCGUUCACGAAAAGGACGAGCUCGGGCACGCCGCUAAAGAGGAGGACGCGGGAGAUCCCAGCACUUCUGAGAUGUCGGAAAACAAAAACUGCGCUCUGUGUGGGAAGUACUUUGGCCGUCGAGUAGACAUGGAGCGCCACAUGAGGUCCCACUCGGAGGACCGCCCGUUUAACUGCUGCUUCUGUGAGAAGAAGUUUAAGAAUCCGUACGUGUUGAAGAGGCACCAGCAGGAGAUCUGUAAGAGCAGAGAAGUGAAAAGGCCGAAGAAGAGGGAGGUGCAGCGCUCCGUUCCACAGCCCCCGUCGGAGGCGUCGACGGAGGGGAAGGUCUGUCCCAUCUGCAGCAGGAUCUUACCGUGCACUGCGGACAUCGCAAAGCACCUGCGGUCUCACACGGAAGAGCGUCCUUUCAUCUGCAUCGCCUGUGAGAAGGGCUUCAAGUACAAGGACACGUUGAAGAAGCAUCAGAUUAUUCACGGGCACGAGGGGACCAGAGAGGAGCAGAGCAAGACGGUGGAACAGAUUUUGGCCGAAGCCGAUAUCGGUAACCUUGAGAAGAAAGAGAAACAUCUGGACGUGCCUGCAGACGCCUCUGAGGAGUCUGCGUCUGCGCCUGUGCAGAAAGUCAAGAAGAAAGCCCCUAAAGUGUGCCCCGUCUGCUCUCGGGCGUUCGACAGCGUCAAAACUCUGAACCGGCACAUACAGUGUCACACCGAGGACCGUCCUUAUCAUUGCGUCCACUGCAAGAAGCGUUUCAAACACAUGCACGGACUCAAAAGGCACCAGAUUUAUGCCAUUUGUCAUAAGAAAAUCACCAGAUUCUCGUGGAAGAAAGAGCAGAGAGCGGGGCCCAGCCAAAGCGACGUCACCAGCGGCGAGCAGCAACAGGGCACGCCUCUGAAAAUACCCGUCUGGUGCUCGAACUGCGGCAAACACUUUGAGUACCCGUCGGCUCUGAAGGAGCACCAAGAGAAUGUUUGCAAAGUGGAAAUGAGUGAAAUCAUGAAAUGUGACGACUGCGGGAAAGAGUUCAAGAGCAUGACGAUGCUCAAAGUGCACCAGAGGAUUCACGACCCGCUCUACUGCAAAGAGUGCGGGAAGAUACUCGCCAACGAGCCCGCCUUUGAGAGGCACAAGCUCAUGCACCGGCCGAUGCAGUGCACCAUGUGCGAGAAGACGUUCACUCUGCUGAGGCGCUUGAGGGAACACUACGAGAAGCAGCACGAGUUCACCGGCCCGUAUCCUUGUGCCCAAUGUGACAAAACCUUCAUCCAGCUCUCCUACCUCGCCAUCCACCAGAGGAUCCACAAAGGGGAGUUCCCGUACAUCUGCAGCAUGUGCCCGGAGAAGUUCCGGUCCUCCAACUGCCUGACGGUGCACCUGAGGAAACACACCGGGGAGAAACCCUUCCUGUGCUGGCAGUGUGGGAAGUGUUACCGCUCGGCGUCGGAGCUCACCGUGCACAUGGGAACCCACUCCGAGGAGAGACCCUGGGUCUGCACGCAGUGCGACAUGGCUUACCGCACCAAGCUGCAGCUCACCAACCACGUCGAACAAAUCCACAUCGGCGUCAGGUAUCCCUGCAACAGCUGCGGGAAGCAGUUCAUGAAGGAGACGUCCCUGAAGAGACACGAGCUCAUCCACACGGGCGAGAGGCCGCACCAGUGCACCGUGUGCGGGAAGACCUUCCUGACCGCCAACGAGCUCAGGCUCCAUAACCGCUAUCACACCGGGGAGCGCCCGUACAAGUGCGAAGUGUGCGGGAAAGCCUUCAUUCAGUCGGGCUAUCUGAAGUCGCACAUGCGCAUCCACACCGGAGAGAAGCCAUUUAAAUGUGACAUAUGUGAUAAAGGCUUCCGGUUGUCCUACCACAUGAAGAAACACAGACGGACUCACGCCGGGAAGCCAAAGAGCUACAUAUGUGAGGACUGCGGGUUGGCGUUCCUCCAUAAAAAGUCCCUCUGGGAACACUCGCUCAGCCACGAGGUGAAGGUGGAACCUUCGUUCGCUGAUGAAGUGAGAAUAGACUUCCAGUAGAAACGUUGUCAGCUGACACGUUCGGAGCUCGUCACCAAAAACUCUUCGUUCUCAGUUUCAUCUUUUGUUGUGUGAUUUUUUUUUUGACCAACGUGUAAGUUUGAUCUUUUCCUUCGUGCUUGUGUUGAUUCACAUGUUUUAUAAAGCGCUCUGAUGAUCUGUGAGGAUUGCUUUUAGCUUUACAAAUACAGUUUAUUAUUAUUAUUAUUAUUAUUAUUAUUAUGUAAAUAUUUAAAGCCAACAAAUAGUUUGUGCUUACAGGCUUUUAGAAAUAAAGUUUAUCUUGAUUGUA